AUGGCGGAUCCGCGAAUGUUUCUCUGGUUCUAUUUCUUCCUUUUGAAACGGCGCAAAAGAAUCGGUCGUCAGAGAAAAAAGAGUACCAUUCAGAUCAGGAAAAUCAAUGAUCUUCGAGAAAUGGUGGGAAAGCAAUGGAAAAAUACGGUUAAUGCAAGUUUAACCAUCACAUUGUUAUAUGGUUGUCUAACGAACAGGGAUGUCUGGAGUUGGUUUAAGCCAAGCCAUUCAUAUUGGGUCAUCUCAAGUCAACAGUGGACAGCCAGAAUGUGGAUCGAUCAUUUGAGGAUGAAGAAGGAAACCUUUCUCUACCUAUGCCGAGAUCUGGCGCCGUUCCUUGAAAAACAACAAACCCGUUUCAGAGAGACCAUACCAGUAUCCAAAAGGAUAGCAAUAGCGUUAUGGAGGCUUGCCAGCGGACAUGAUUACCGUUCGCUUGGACAGUUAUUUGGGGUUGGUCGUUCAACCUGCUGCAAAAUUACUCAUCACGUAUCUGAUGCGUUGGUGUCUGUAUUUUUGAAAAGGUUUAUCGCAACUGUUUCAAACGAACGAGUCCAAGAAACAAAAGAAGCCUUUAGGAUAAUGAGUGGCCUUCCUCAAUGUGUUGGCGCAGUUGAUGGGUGCCAUAUUCCAAUAUUAGCUCCAACAGAACACCACUGUGAUUAUUUCAACAGGAAACACUUCCAUUCCAUAAUUUUACAGGCUGUUGUUGAUCACAAACGAAGGUAAGCACUGACAGAUUUGAAUGUGAUAUGCGCAGUGGACAGUGGUCACUGUACCUGCAUACAGUAAAUGUAUCAGUUAAUUCCAGCUGUGGCUACCCCUCCCCCUGGCCAACCCCCACAUUGUUGGAAAGACAAUGGCUGUGCCCCCACCCUGGGCAAGAAACAUAGAUCUAUAUCCCCACCCCUGGGCCAUAAAAUUAUUAAAUGUUUCAACAAAUUGCUUGACUUGCAUGUUGAUACAAUAUCUUUCCCUCCAUAUCUUCCAUUGAUAACACAUGUUCCACCAUAGCUUAUAAACAUGUCUUUCGGGAGAGGUCACUUCACAGCACCCUUGUAUAUCAGUAUCUCUGGGGAAAGAACGUCUGCUUGCAGGCUUGGUACAAGGUUUCAUUUUAAGUCACCACCCCUGGGCCAUACGAUAGGGUGUCAAUAGCUCCACCCCCAAGAUUAGAAAAGGGCCCGGGGAGAUGGGCACAGCUGGAAUUGACUGAUGCAUAAUGCUGUGCACUUGAGUUUCAUAAGUAUUCCAUUUAUUUAUUUUGUGACAACAUGUUGUAAUACUGUAUUUAUUUAUUGAUCUAUUUACUUUCAGAUUUCAAGACAUAUAUAUUGGGUGGCCAGGACGUGUUCAUGACGCCCGGGUCUUAGCAAACUCAAGUCUGUACGCAAAGGGACAGAAUGGAACACUCUUCCCAGAUGUGAGUAAAUUUUCUUACAAAAUUGAUGUUUUAAUAAUUUUUCCAAUACAUGUAAUUACUAGAAUUGGGGUAAACCGCGAGCAGUCCCUUGGGAGAAAGGAGGGACUGCCGACAACACAUCAGAAAACGAAAUAUGCAUUGCCCACACAACACUAGCCUGCACGCAGACUGUAUAAUGACAUUAUAUGGUCUGCGGGCAGGCUAACACAACACAAAAUUCCCAUUGGUCGAAAUCGAUGUGCCUGUCAAUCAAAUCUGAUAUGUAGUAAUUAUGCUAAAAAUAAUUUCCAAGAUAAUUUCCAUGUUGAUUUUAUAAAUAAACAUGACAUUAACGGUUCCUAUUGUAUAAAUUUAAUUGGAUAUAAGUAAUGUUUAUGCAAAGGUGAAAAGUGGGCGUAUUUCGUUUCUUGAUGUGUUGUCGGCUGUCCCUCCUUUCCCCUCAUACUCAUACAUCCGGGAAGCUAAACCUGUGGACAGGAGGGGACUGCUCACAGUCUACGCCCCUAGUUCCUAUGCCCCUGAUUCAGUGCAUAACAAAUUCACCAGAACAUAUACUGUAUCUAUCUUAAAUAUUUAUGUGUAUAAAUGUUAUUUUGUCUCUGUUAGGAUGUACAAAUAAUAGAUGAAGUAGAGAUACCAUUAUAUGUGGUUGGUGACCCAGCAUACCCACUCCUUCCAUGGCUGCUAAAGGUGUAUCCAGAUGAUGGCAUGCUUACACAAGCAGAAAAAUAUUUUAACAGGUGCCUAUGCAAAAUGAGGUUUGUUGUAGAGCAUGCAUUUGGAAGACUUAAAGGGAGAUGGAGGUGUUUAUUGAAGCGGAAUGACACAACCAUGCAAUACAUAAUUCAGCAGACAGCAGCAUGCUGUGUUCUUCACAAUCUUUGUGAAAUGCAAGAGGAGGAGUUUGAGGAAGACUGGAGAGUCGAACCAGAUGUGGAUGGACACAAUAUAAAUAAUCCUGAGGGCGAUGAAGAUGUGCGUGAUGUUUUAAAGGGAAUGCUUCAACGUCAAUGGGGACUUUAG